CCCUCCCCUUCCCCUGGCCCUCCCGGCUCGGCGGUGAGGAGGCGCCUGAGCGCGGCAGCAUCUUCCCGGGGCGGGGGGAGGAGCCGCCGCCUGCGGGGAAGGAAGGGUGACACAAGCACAAAUCCAUAUGGAGGAUGAACCUCCUCCUCAAGGAGUCAGUGCCAAGGCCUUGGAGGCAACACUGUUGUCAGCCCUGAAGAUGCUGGAUGUUGGGAAAUGGCCGAUUUUUUCUCUCUGUUCCUCAGAAGAGAUCAAGUUAAUUCGUCAAGCCUGUGUCUUUGGUAGUGCUGGCAAUGAAGUGUUGUAUACAACUGAAAAUGAUGAGGUUUUUGUGCUUGGCAUGAACUGCAGUGGCUGUUUGGGAACAGGAGACAUGCAGAGCACUAUUGAACCAAGGAGGCUAGAUUCCCUGUGUGGCAAAAAGAUAGCCUGCCUAAGUUAUGGAAGUGGCCCUCAUGUUGUUCUUGCUACAGAAGAAGGAGAAGUGUACACGUGGGGUCAUAAUGCUUAUAGUCAGCUGGGCAAUGGUACCACAAAUCAUGGUUUUGUUCCCUGUCAAGUCUCUACAAACUUGGUGAACAAGAAGGUCAUUGAGGUUGCCUGUGGCUCUCACCAUUCAAUGGUGUUAACCUCUGAUGGAGAAGUAUACACGUGGGGUUACAAUAACUCAGGCCAGGUUGGAUCUGGUUCAACAGCAAAUCAACCAAUUCCUCGUAGAGUUACCAGCUGCCUACAAAAUAAAAUAGUCGUUAAUAUAGCUUGUGGACAGAUGUGCUCUAUGGCUGUGGUGGAAAAUGGAGAGGUCUAUGUCUGGGGGUACAAUGGGAAUGGUCAGCUGGGGCUGGGCAGCAGCGGCAACCAGCCCACGCCGUGCCGGAUCGCGGCCCUGCAGGGCAUUCGUGUGCAACGGGUUGCCUGUGGCUAUGCACAUACGUUAGUGCUAACAGAUGAAGGUCAGAUAUAUGCCUGGGGAGCCAAUUCAUACGGCCAGUUAGGUACUGGGAAUAAAAGUAACCAGUCUUACCCUACAACAGUUAUUGUGGAUAAGGACAGGGUUGUGGAGAUCGCCGCGUGCCACUCUGCGCACACGUCGGCGGCCAAGACCCAGAGUGGCCAGGUGUACAUGUGGGGGCAGUGCCGGGGCCAGUCCGUGACCUUCCCCCACCUCACCCACUUCGCCUGCACUGACGAUGUGUUCGCCUGCUUCGCCACCCCUGCUGUCAUGUGGCGCCUGCUCUCCGUAGAGCCUGAUGACCAUCUAACAGUAGCCCAGUCACUAAAGAAGGAAUUUGACAACCCUGAAACUGCAGAUCUGAAGUUCCUAGUGGAUGGGAAAUACAUUCAUGUUCAUAAAGUUCUUCUCAAAAUUAGGUGUGAACAUUUUCGCUCCAUACUCAAUAAUGAUGAUGAAAUUAUAGAAAUGAGUGAAUUUUCUUACCCUGUUUACCGAGCCUUCCUGGAAUAUCUGUAUACAGACAACAUUAGGCUCCCUCCUGAAGAUGCAAUAGGCCUACUAGAUUUGGCAACACUGUAUAGAGAAAACAGACUGAAAAAGCUUUGCCAGCAAACGAUCAAACAAGGCAUUUGUGAAGAGAAUGCCAUUGCUCUUCUUUCUGCCGCUGUCAAGUAUGAAGCUCAGGACUUGGAAGAAUUUUGCUUCAGGUUUUGCAUAAACCAUUUGACUGUUGUUACACAAACUCAAGGCUUUGCAGACAUGGACCAUGACCUCCUGAAAAACUUCAUUAGCAAAGCCAGCAGAGUGGGAGCAUUCCGAAAUUGAGGUCUGACUAUUACCAAGCUGAAGAGCACAUCAUCUUCCCUUCUGGAAAUACUUUUCCUUUGGAGAACUUCUCUGUAGUCAGAAUGUGCAACGGUUUGGAAGGAAAGUCUCAGUAUUCAUCAGCUUAGGGAGUGUGUACAAGUCCGCUAACAUGUAGGCUUUGUUGUAAGGAUGGCUACAGUGUAGAUGUGUGGUGACUGUUCAUUGCCAACAGCCAGAAUUUUUAACACAAAAAUCUGAUGCAGUAACUACCCUUUCCCACUCAAAGUCAAGCAAACUAAGCAUCUCAUUAUCUAGUCUGUCCUUUUUUUUUUUUUUUUAAACAUUCUGUGUUUGGAUUUUAUGGGACAGUGACCUGUUUGCUGCUAAAACUUUCAUAGUGUAUUUUUGUCUCAAAAAUCAGUUAAUAUACCAUAGUGGGCUUCUUUUUAUAAUCCAGUGAAGAUACAAACUUGUUUUUCUGGAUAUAUGGUAAAAUAACGUAAGUUCUUUAGGAUGAGAAGCUUCCUGAUUUGUAGGAGGGUAUGUCUCGCUUUGUGUUUAUUUAUGAGGAGCUUCAGCAGGAUAUUACAGUUCUGAGUUCCCAGCAAGUCUCAUUAUUUAGCCAGGAGGAAAAAGAUCUCCCUUUCCAUUAUACUGGGCAUGAUCCCUGCACCCCAAUGGAAGCACUCACCAAGGAUGUGAAUUGUCACGCUGUGAGUUUUACGGCUAAGAAAACUACCUAGUUACAAACCCAAAUAAGAUGUCAAGAAAAGGAAGUUCCUCUUGAGGCUUUUUUAUUCCUGUGUCACUGUCUCAGACAGAUCAACUUCAGAAAAAUGAGAAAAAGGUGAUUUUGAAGUGGUAACUUCAAAUUAAUUAAAUUGUAAGAGUGAACUGACACUAUAUUCCAGAUGGUGAUAAAGAUAUUUUGUCCAACUACGGCGUUUCACAUUCUCCUGUGGUCAGAGCUGUGAGGUGACCACACCACUUUCCUUUCAGGGCUGUUCAGGAGAGAGGAGCAGCCUUCUGGACACCUCUCUCCCAGCAUGAUCAUCGGUGGCUAAGGCAGAGUACAUUCCUAGCUGGCCGAAGUGAGUUAAGGUGAAAAGCCCACCCAGUGCUGCACAGAGGGAGGUUUGCCCCAAUACAGAAGAUGUGGAGCCCAUGGAGCAUUUACUUGAAUUUUCUAACAGGUAACUGUGAAUUAACCCUGAGAAUUUAAGAUUUUGACUGAGUGAGAUGACUUCAAGUGCCUUUUGCAGUAUUUUAUGAUUAGGGAAGACAAAAAGCUGGAUUACCAGGCUCAGUACACUAAUAUAAGUAGUCAUGCAGCCUUCCUGCAGGUGUCUGCUGUGCCACAGCAUCCUUCAAUGAUCUUUUCUAAUCCUCAAAUGUGGUUUGUAAGAACUUAAUUCCCUCAGAUUAUCACAUUCUCAUGUCUAAGGUGGAAAUAGCUGGUCUUUACUAUAUUGGAGGCUCAUUUCUCAAACAGUCCUGUUCUUUGAGGAAGAGUAGGAGGCAGACGAGCAGCACAUACUCAGAAAGGAGUAGUGAGUAGUACCCCCUUCACCUCAGGCCCUGUGGGUGUAAGUAAAAGGUGAAGUAUGCAGGUAGCAGAAUUUACUUAGGAAGAGGGCGCUGAGCAAGUAUUUUAGAAAAUGCUGUGGUAAAUAUUUAUUUGUGUUUGAGACAUUUGCCUCAGACUCUCACUAGAAAUAUAUUGGGUCAUCUACUGCUAACAAGCACAUUCUGCCACCCCCUCAAAGAUGAGUACGACUUCCUCCAGCAGUGUUAAGUCCAUUCUUAGCAGCUGUGUCAGUAUUUUGUAUUCAAACAGAAGUGGUCAAAACCUUUCCAAUACAUAAUGCAGAUUCAUCAAAAACACAGCUUUGCUGGGGGAGGAGAUCAGUUUUGUUAAGUUUAUGUUGAGAAGCACUUGACACUAGCACACAGCCAGAGAUUACUGCAAACAGUGAAACGGUGUUAUGGUAGGGCACAACUUUACUGCCACUCCUGUGUGCUCUAGCCCAGCACUGAUCAUACCAAAGCAUGAAUAAUGAAACCAGCUGGGCACCUCCACCCCGGUACUGGUUUGUCAGUGGUCACUCCUGCUUUCCUAAGGUGUGUAUUACGGAAGGUCUCUCCACAUAUUUGUUGUUUUACUCAGAAGAAUCAAACCAAAAAACUAUAAAUGUAAAAUGAUGAGGGUUUUUUUACUCAACCUCGAAUCAGAAGCCCUCUUUGGGGACACCACUGCAUGGAAUGGUAGCACUGGAGGGGGAUACCACUGUCCUCCAUUAGCUCAAGUUCAUAACAAAGUAGUUCAACAGAGAUUGCAGCUGAAAUGGCGUGCUGCUUGUAACAAGACAUUUUUGGCUUAAUAGAACAAAGUGUCUUGAUUUUUUCCAAUUUACUCCCUUCCUGCUCAUUAUUUCCAGCCACCCAUACACAUUAAAGUCUACUUACAAUUUCAGAAUAAUUGACAAAGCCUGUAAUUUUGAGAAAAAGCAUGUCUGGACUGAGGGUGAUUUUAAAGGUCCGAUGUGGCAGCAUUGGCUUUUAUUCUGUAUCAUCUGGCACGGAUGUGAUAGUGUUACAUUCAUAGAAACAUUUAUUUAUUUAAUUUGUUAAUUUUUGUUGCAUGUGUUCAAAAAAACCCCACCCUUCCUGGCUUAGGCGGUUAAAUAUGGGUGCAUGGAUGUAAAUAUCUGCUCAAAACCCAACCAUGGGACAUUUCAGAAGAAAUUAGUGAUGCAUUUUACUGUUGUGAGGUAGUCUGCAACAACCUUGUGUUUGUGGAUCUUGCAGGUUAAAUACUUAAUAAAGUAUUGUUCUAUUUUAGGAUACCACAGACAAAAGGCAUAUAUUAAAAAGUAAAAAUCUGGUCAAGCAGAAACUGUGUCUAGGGUUUAAAUAAAGAGCAGUGUUCUACUUUCCAGAAAGGUGUCUGGAAAGAAAAAUAGUUAACAUGGGUAGGGUCUUUUGAAGGUUCUCCUGUUACCGAAGCUAAAAGCCAGCACUGCGUUGGGAUCUAGUACCCAGCUGUAGAGUUUUGUUACAAUGCUUGUUAACUAUGUAAACUGCUGUUUUUAUAUGACCCCAACACUUUCCAUGGGAUUUUCCUUGUUAAACAAAGCAUUUAUUUGCCCCAUAGCGGCAGGAUUCAUUGGCCACCACCCAACGAUGUAGAAAGUUUACAGCCUGAACAUAAAUGAUUUUUUUUUCUAUACAGACUUACCAUUAAUAAAAAUGCCAUAAUAUUUAAAACAA